UUAGACUCCUUGGGCCGACGUGAUCAUUUAUAACGGGUAGCUCCCAAGUGAUUGAUCCUGGCGCAAGUCAAAAUGACCGUUAUAUGUUUGUUUUUUAUUUUGAAUGUUGAUCUUAUUGAUAAUGGAUUAGUAAUUAGUUAAUUGAAAAGAAACACUGCAACUAGUUAAUUUAAAAAUGGAGAUAAAAUCGGAUCGAAUAAAUGUUUCCGUGCGAAUUAGACCCCUUUUAAACCAACAAUCUCCUGGUACUUGCUCUUCAUCUUUGCAAAUAAUCAGCAAGGACCCUCCUGUACUUGCAGUAACUGAUAAGCCCCAAACUUACCAUUUUGACAAUAUAUUCCCUGAGGAUGCAGACCAAGAGAAGGUUUUUAAUGAUGCAGUCAAACCGUUUGUAGAUUUUGUCAAAAAGGGAUAUAAUUGUACUGUUUUCGCUUAUGGACAAACUGGUACCGGAAAGACUUAUACUAUGGGAUCUGCUUAUCAGGAUCCCCAUAACCAAAGCAAUCUAGGAAUUAUCCCGAGGUCUCUAAAUCAUUUAUUUAACGACCAACAGUUGAGCAGCGAUGAGUCAGUCGAUAUCUAUAUUUCGUUUGCUGAAAUUUAUAAUGAAAAAGUGUUUGAUUUGAUGCAGCCUGACAAGCUUGCACCUCUUCCAGUUUCAGGUUUUGCAGUGCAAGGCUUAAGCUUAAAGAGGGUGUUGAGUGUGACAGAAGCAAAUGAACUCCUUGAUUUGGGAAACAAACGUCGGCAUGUUGGUGAGACCAAGCAGAAUGUAAACAGUUCUAGAUCUCACGCUAUUUUUACUGUUUAUUAUAGCCAGAAAAAUAGCUCCCAAGAAAUAUCGGGCAAACUAAACUUAGUUGACUUGGCAGGCUCUGAAGGCGUGAAAAAAACCGGAAGUAAAGGCAGUACUUUGCUGGAAGGCAUUAAUAUUAAUAAAGGACUACUGUCCAUAGGACUGGUUAUAUCGGCCCUUGCAAAAAAAUCUGCUUAUGUGCCUUAUAGACAGUCCAUGAUUACCUCUAUAUUGCAAGGUUCCCUAAAUGUGGACAACUACAUAUCCCUGAUUGCCUGCGUGAGUUCCUCACCGACAGAUAUAACGGAAACACUGCAGACUUUAGAUUUUGCUCAAAGAACCAAAAAAGUCAGAAGUAAUUCGGAAGUGGCCCAAGUAGUGGCCAGAUUUAAAAAAGACAAUCCAUUGCCGUCAAGUUUAGCCAGAACCCCAAUGAAAAGACCUAGUACUACCUCAGUAAAAACACCUGCAGUAAAAAGAAAUGCUGUUUUUAGUACUUUGCCAAUGAUCAACGAGAGUGUUCAAAGUCAGUUGAGUGAAAAAAGUCAUUUCUCUUCAAUGAACUUUUCGCAUUUGUCUUCGAUUAGUGCAGCUGCCGGUUGCGUGUCCGUUACGCAACAGUCUUUCAGCCCCGUAAUUAAAAAAUACGUUAAACAAAUGGAAGAAUCCAUAAUUGACCGAUUAGAGACGGUUAUUAAAAACACCAUAAAAAGACCCACAAGGACCUCUAUACAGGCGGAGACUUUUGGUAAAGAAAAUACCCCGAAUUCACAUUGGAAUAAAAUUCAGAAUGAAGUGUCGAAACUCGUGAGAAACGAAUUGGCGCAAUUAUCUUCAGUAAAAACUGUAAGAUCGGUAAGGGCUGCAAGUAGUCCUAUACACGGCGAAGAAAUAAAUGCUGCUAGAAGAAUACUUACUUAUGAUAGUCCAGAGACCUUUCAGCCGUUAGCUUCCACCUCCCCUGUACAGAAUUCCAUUGCUGACGUUCCAAAGUUUUCCUUCAAAAUUCCCACUUUGCCUCAAUCAAAAAACAAACGAGAAAUCUCCGCUAAUAUAUCGAGUAUUUCGCCUAUAGAAAGCGAGAGUUUACCUCCCGUUAGGAGAAGCAUCAGAUUAUCCAUGAAAAUUCCUUCUAAAGAUAGUAUCUUGGAAAACAACAAUAAUUCCACUUUAGCUGGUGCAAAGAGCAAAAGAAAAGCGAGAGUAAAAAAGACAAAAAUAGACGGAGAUACGACGAGCAUUUGUGAGAAUGAUUUUGAUGAGACUAUGUCCAGGAUUCAGGACGUAUCAGAAUUGAAUAUGGAGGCUAGAAGGAGAUCAGUGAGGAGCAUGAAGAAAGAGAAAGUGGCAUAUUGUGAAAGUCCAAUAAAUGUCAGGACGAAAAGGAAAAGCAUUGGGUUCAAUGUAGCUAAAACUCCUGCGAAGAGUUUGACUGAGAAGCUGAAGAAACAUACAAGGAAAGAAAAUGACAGUCCUUUUACUGCUCACUCCAAAAAUGUGUUAAGAAUUCUGAAUACAGGAACACAAAAAGAAAUAGAGAAACUGCAUUCUGUCGGGGUCAAAACUGCCGAACGAAUGUUGCUAUUCAGAAAACUAAAAGGAGGCUUUAACGAACUGGAAGAUCUUUCAAAGAUACCCGGUUGGGGCGCUAAAAAAUGUGAAAGAUUCUUUGUGUCUAACAUGUUAAGGAGGGACUAAGUAAUAAGCAUUAUCUUAUAUAUAUAUAUAUAUACAGGGUGUUUCAAAUUCGAUAAAUUGGGGCAAGGUUGAGAAUUUUUGAGCUUAACAAUAUGCCGGUUAAAAUAAUAAAAAAAUUCUAAAAGGUUCCGAAUAAGAAAAUAAUUUACAUUUUUGCAUUGCCACUUUUUCGUGCUACAUGAUCGGUGUUUUUAGAUUUUUAAUACGACGUCUCGUCUUUUGCCAACCAUCAUCAAAUCUGUUUUUUCUUAAGGGCGCUAUGUUGGAAUUUUAUACUUUUAAAAUCUGUGCAAAAUUACCUUUUUAACGAUGUAUCACAAGUAAUAUUUAUUUUUUGUAAAAACCCGAAUUUUUUUGUGUUUAAGUGACAGGUAUGUAUUUUCCUUAUAAUUUAAGCGAUUAUGGUUUUUACGAAUGAAGAAAAGCGAGAUAUGAUUAAAAUUUUAUAUAAAUACGAUAGAAAUGGCAUUAAAACGUCAGAAACGAAUGUGUUGAUGUAUCCGGAGCCAAAGCCACCGCACCAUACAUUAUUUAAAAUUUUUGAUCAAAAUCUCGGUAGGUUUAGUUUUUUAUUAAUGAACUUAAAGGUAAAUAUGGAGAUUGAAUAGAUGAAGAAACUAAAGAAAACUUAUUUAAUGAGGUACGGAUUAGUGAUUUUUGUACUUAUUGCACUACAUAAAAAACUACUGUGUAAAUAGAUGUAAAUUCAGAGAAAUCUACAAAAGUUUCCUAAAAUAUUAUGAUACGGAUUUAAGCCAUUUAAAAUUAAUUUCGCUCAAAAAGUGUAUACUGAUUAUGCCAAUUUUCUUGUAAAUGUAAUAUGGACCGAUGAAAGUAGAUUUACAAACUGUGGCAUUUUCAAUAGAAAUAAUAAACACAGUUGUAUAUACAGGGUGUUCAUUUGAAAACUUCCCACCACGGAUUUAUCGAAAACCACACGGAAAUUUAAAUGGAGACAUUUAUUUGGAUAUGUUGGAAAAUACCAUCAAUCCGUUUAUCACUGAAUCCAUUGAAAACCAAAUCGAUGAUGAUGGAAACCCUAUACUUGAUGAGGAUAAUAUAUUUCCAGCAAGACGGCGCUCCUCCUCACUAUGUUCUUCCCGUUCGGCAAUGGCUAGACGACGAGUUUCCAGAUAAAUGGAUAGGGCGAAGGGGGCCUAUAGAAUGGCCUGCUAGAUCUCCUGAUAUAACGCCGUUACACUUUUUUCUAUGGGGUCAUUUGAAAUCUUUGUGUUUACUCCUCAACCUGAAAGUUUGGAUGACCUUCGUCAACGCAUCAUGGACAACUGCCAUGAUAUCCCACAACAUGUUUUUGAAAAUGUCCGUCAGGAAUUUGAACAUCGCCUAUAUCAUUGUUUGGCCAAAAAUGGACAACAUUUUGAACACUUAUUGAAAUAAAAACUGAUAUUUUCAUGUUUUUGUUUUCUAUCUAAACAAAUUAAGAUAAACAAAGAUUUUUCUAAUUUUCUCGAAAACGAAUCGACCGAUUUGAAAAAAUCAAACGUCAAAAUAAAAGACUUCGAAAGACCUUUUAAACAAGCUAUUACUCGAUACCCCUUGCCAUUUAACAUUUUUAAGGGGAUGGCCCAGAGGGGCAGAGGGUGAAGUAAUUUUAGGUUAGAAAGUUGUCCUCCUUGACAAACCUUUUGACGUAUUUCGGCGUUUUUUUUUUUUAAACAGUGGUUUUCGAUAAAUCCGUGGUGGGAAGUUUUCAAAUGAACACCCUGCAUAUGUUACCGCUAAUAUGCAUAAUAACUACAUAUUGGGAAUCAUGCGUAAACACUAAAACCAUCCGUUAUUAUGGAUAUUCACUAUCCAAAUAAGAAAUUAUGCGUACAUACUGAAACUAUCAAUAUCCAUCUUAUGUUAGCGAUUAAGCAUAAUAUCAUGUAAUAUCAUUAACUAAGUAACGUGAAAUUUGGAAUGCAAUGCAGGUGAUGAUCAAAUAGAAAUAUAAUACGAGUAUACUAUUAAAUAACAUUCAGUAUACAUAAAUAUAUGCUAUGCAUAGAUUUGGGAAUCAAAACAAAAACAUAACCGUAACAUUUCAAGCGACUACAUAAAAAUGAUAGAAUAAUAGUAUUUAUUUAUUAGAACAAGAAGAGCUUUGAUGGCACUUACUAUUGCAUAAUCGAUUUUUUUACAGCGGCAGGAACUAUUUCGGCAAAAUUUUGUGCAAUUGCAUCGUUGAUAACCUUGAUUAGUACCAGAAGCAAUUGCAGCUGCUUUUCUAAGGGAAGUUGAAAUCAUCAUUAAUAUGAAGGAAGUAUCUCAUAGUCAUAACUUUGCAAAAAAACAUCCAAAUCCUCCUCAGUAACAAUUUCUUAAUUACUUUCCGCAAUUCACAGCCAAAUAAAGCUAAUAUAAGUGCUUAGAGAAUCAAUAUUAUGCAUAUUUCUGUCAGUUAUUAUCAAUAUUUACUAAAAAUAUGGCGAUACUUUGCUUAAUUACUGAUGAUUUUGGUAGUUUUGUAUCGAUAAUUUCUGAUACGCGCCGUUAUUUUGCAUAACCACCGACGGUUUUAGUAUUUACGCAUAAUUCCCAAUAUGUGUAGUUAUUACGCAUAAUAGCGGAUUUUGGAUAUCAGCGGUAACAUGAUAUGUAAUAAUCUCUGAUAAUUUCGGGAAAUUCCUAUAAUUUUCAUGUUUUAAAAUAAGUUAUUCUUCUCAGUUUUUGAAGUCAGAAAUAAAUUUUACCUUUUUUCGAACAUUCUUAUAUUAUUCCAGGCAUUUAAAGUAAAAUAUCGUUUUAGUCCAGGACUUUGAACUUUUUUUCCACGUCUUCCGAGUACUUGAAAAAAUUUUUUUUUAAUUUUCGCUUUUUAUGGUUUUUGUAUUUUUUUUUUUUUUUUUUGAAAUUUUUGGAAUAUUUUUUUAAUUUUCCAAGUUUAUCGAACAGUUUUUUAUUAAUCCAAGUAUUUGGAAUAAGGCUUCCUUUUAUUCCAGGAUUUCGGUAAUUUUUCACGUUUUCCAGGCGUUUGAAACAAUUUUUUAUUUAAUUUUAGGUUUUUAGGGUGAAUUAUUGGCGCUUUUAAUCAUGUUUUUUUAAAUUUGAGGAAUUUUUAUGUUUUUAGACUUUUUUCAUAAGAUUUCCAGGUUAAACAAGUAAUUUUUUAAUUAUUCCAGGCAUUUGAAGUAAAGUUUUCUUUUAUUUCAGGCUUUUAGAACCAGAUUUUCUAUUUUUGCGUAAUUACCUAUCUGUUUUCCAGGCAUGGUAAUUUUCUAAAAUAAAAUGGAAAAUGAAUUUGAUGUCAUUAUAAAGAAAGCUUAGAAAACAUAAAAAAUUACUCCAAAUGCCUUGAAAAAAUUAAAAACAUUUGAAGUUCUUAGAAGAAAUAAGAAUGUAGAAAAAAACUUUCCUAGAAAAACUAGAACAUUUCAAAUACAUGGAAAAUUAAAUAAUUAAUAAAAAUUACUAAAAGAAUAAAUAAAAUUCGAGCACAAAUGUAGCUUAAAUGUUUGGGCAGGUAUUUAUAAAAACCCAAUUUUGGAUUAAUGGAACUCUUAAUGGAGAUUCUUAUUACCAGUUUUUAAGAUCGGAAUUUAAAGACUUUGGAUCAUAUGAUUCCUUUAGAAAACUACCAUUAAGGUUGUUUUUUUAAAUAAAUAGAUUAAUUUAGUGUCUUUUGAAAUAUUUACGGGUGUUUCGAAAAUAACAAGGUUGUAACCCUGAAGUAAUGUGUGUGUACACUACUACGGUAUUGUAUUGCUAGUAUUCCUCUCUAUCUUGCAUUUAUAACUUGUAACAUUUAUUGACAGUUUAAAUAUUGUCUGGUUCGUUUAUUUUUCAAAAAUUCAGAUUUUUUAAAAUAAAAAAAAUAUUACUGGUGAUACAUAAUUAAAAAGGAAAUUUUGCAAGGAUUCUAAAAAUGCAAAAACCAAAUAUGGCGCUUAUAAGAAAAAAACAAUGUUAAUGAUGGCUGAAAAAAGCCGAAAAGUCAUAUUAAAAAUACCAUCAUGUAACAUGACAAAAGUGGCAAUGCAAAUUAUUUUAAGAUCGGAUAAGAAAUAGUCUCGGAAAAAAAUAAAAUCGAUUUUUCAACAUUUCGUCUUUUUAUUGAAUAUCUUCGGAACUAUUUGGAAUUUUUAAUUUUUUUAAACGGCAUAUUGUUAAGCUGAAAAAUUCUCAAUUUAACCAUCUUCGGAUUUUUAUGGAUUUCAAGAUUCCCAUGUUCAGCGUCAAAUUUGAAGCACCUUGCAUACCUUUUCUCGCCAAAGUUUCUAUAUUUUUAAUAAUUUUAGUGUGCAUUUGUUGUAUAAAAAAGUUUUAAUUAUUUCCGUGAAAUAUAGUAUAUUUCUUGUGUA